UAAGAUAUAUGACAUUUGCUUAUAUUGGUAUGGUGCAAUCAAAAGAGUGAUCAUUAUCGUCGUGUCACUUGACUUAAAUAACCAACAGUGUUACGGGUUGCAAUCUGUCAGUACGCAUUCACACUUUAUAAAGCGUGCAAAGCACGUACGUAUUAUGAGUGUUAGUUUGUUUAAACAUUUGUGCAAACUAAAUAUAAGAACAUCGUUUAAAUCCCACUCACUUAUUCGGUGGAAUUGUAAAAUGGUUGCUGCAUUAACGGAGGCGAUUCCAUUUUCAAAAGAUUUUCUUUUUCGACAACUAUUCGACCCUGUGUCCAGCACUUACACUUAUCUCCUGGCUGACAUCAACGAUAAGACGGCGAUCUUAAUUGAUCCAGUCAUUGAAUGGGCAAACCGUGAUAAAAAUAUUAUUUGCGAACUAGGAUUAUGUUUGAAAUAUGCUGUAAACACGCAUAUGCACGCUGAUCAUAUCACCGGAACAGGAAAGUUAAAAUCAUUGUUACCUGGAUGCCAAUCAAUGAUAUCGCGUACCAGCGGCGCCCAGGCCGAUAUACUUCUCAAUCCGGAUGACCAGAUCAAAUUCGGUAGACACUGCUUGCGAAUCUUGCCUACGCCUGGUCACACUACAGGCUGCGUAACUUACGUUUGCGACGAGCAAGGAAUCGCUUUUACAGGAGACACCCUUUUAAUUCGUGGAUGCGGGAGAACCGACUUCCAGGGUGGCUCAGCAGAGACUUUGUACAAUUCCGUGCACACGAAAAUUUUUACGUUGCCUGAGAAUUAUAGGCUGUACCCGGCCCACGAUUACAAUGGCAGAACGGUGACCACGGUACUCGAGGAGAAGACCUUUAAUCCGAGAUUAACUAAAGCUCUGAAUGAAUUUGUUGACAUAAUGAACAACCUUAAUCUCCCCUACCCGAAGAUGAUAGAUAAAGCAGUGCCGGCCAAUAAAGUUUGCGGAUUGUACGAGGUGGAGAAGAAACAGGAACUGUAAUAUCUUUACGCUGAUCGACAACGACGUGUUAACCGAUUUUUCGAAGUUGUACAAACGUAACAUAAUAAAAUGACUCGAUCCGUUCACGGAUAAAAAUAAUACGGCUCACCGCCAUUUUGCCCAUGAGACGCAUAACAGGGCGCAAAAUACUGCACACUGUUACCAUAAUUAACACCCUCAUCCUCUUUAAUCUUUAAACGUCGCAUUAACCGUACCGUACGUACUAUUUCCGGAACCGAAAUCUGACGUUACAGAAUCCAUUAGCGUAAUCCGUUCAUUCCCCCUAAAUAUUUGUCCCGCUUUCUAAAUAACCCGCCUCGGAAACGUAAAAAGUUAAUUAAAAUUUUACCCCGAACAGUCUGUGCGCGGACCACGCGGGAUUAUUCAGGUUCCGCUAACAACUGCAUUUAUUCCUCUGACAAUAAACAUCGUUUUCGCAUAGGGUUGCGUUAUCUGCCGCGUGUUCGGCCCGAACAUUGCUUGCAAAUGUCUCACGAUUAUGCGUGAAAAAAACGCGGAAGGAUUAUUUUCGCUAAACUAUGUAGUAUUUUGCUUUGUUCAGUUUUGCUAGAGGAAUCUAACAUAGCAGAUAUGUAAUGUAUUGUUAUUCAUUAUUUUUUACGAAAAUUCGAACUUCGAUUUUUUGAUAAAUGCGAAGAAAUUAUUUUUGGUAAACUAUUUUAUGUAUAUUGUUCAGCUGCAAGAAAAGGAUACAAUAGGUUAGGCGUGAAAUGCAUUAUAGUUCAGUAUUUUCCAGAAAAAUUCUAAUUGCAAUGUCUCAAAAACCAGGAAUAAAUUGUUUAAUCUGAACUAUUAUUUUAUAUUUUUAACCCUCGAAAGUACACAAUGAAAAAUGAAAUAUAUAAUGCACGAUAAUUCAUUAUCUUUCAAAAAGUCUUUGGUUCGGAUUUUCAUUACGAUUCAUUACGUUUUUUAUUCUGCGUGACGCACAAAGCUGCCGAGUUGCAAUUUCAACGAACUAUUUAAUAGGCACUAAUGACUAUGCGUAAAAGUGAAAAGCAGUAACGAUGAUAAUACGGCUUCAUUACGGAGCUUUUACAUGAGUAAGAUGAAUAAUGCUAUUCUCUGCCACAUAUCGGAUCCGCGCAAAAUGGCAGAUUUGUGCAGUUAAAAUCCGUGCUGUUCUAAAACUCAAGCUCCACGUAUUAAACCUGUCUCCUCCGCUUUGUAUGUACAAAUUGCGUGAUAAAGCUGUGUUAUUGUUAUUAAAAAUAUAAUGACGAAAACGGGUUUAAUGAAAGCGGACGGUUCCAUUUAAACAGUCCAAGGAUGUAUGAAAAUCUCCGACGAGCAUUAAUCUCAAAAGGUUCAAGCCCAACCAGCCUCUUUCAAGCACAUCUUCGAACAACUCGGAGAUAAUUACGCGAAUACAUCUGAACUGGAUAUGCCGCGGUCUAAAAGGGAUUUAAAUUAGCAUAAGCCCACGGUUGUGAAGCAAAACGACGUAUAACAUGUUUUCGCUUCUCAAACAGUGCGUAUUUAAGCUUCAAAUAUUAAUUUUUGACUCUUGGAUGUUUUACCCGAAAACAUAAAUCUUCCUUUCACGAAUUCACUCCAUUCUAAACAAUAAAAAUUAAUCCUCCAAAUCUCUUUAACCCCUCGCUUUAUAAUAUCGUGUCAGUUAGCGAUGAAAAUUUUCAACUGAAUUCGACAACGACGAAUCUAAAGGUUAUUUAUGUUUUUUAAAUAGGAAAUUGAAUAUUACUUUUGUAUUAUCAAAUUUUUUAAGUAAUUAUUAAUUAUUAAAUAAUAAAUAAUUAAAUGAUUAAAAUGAUUAAAAAAUAAAUAAUAAAUUAUUAUUAAUUAGUGUUAUGAUACGUAGUUGAGAAAGGAAUCAUAGAACAAGGGAUUAACAUUUUUCUACUGAAAAAUCUCGGAUGACGUUGUUGUAUGACAAGUGGUACUUGUAGAGGAGAUUUCUAGGUCGACUUAAAAUCAGUGGCAUUCAUUGGUCAUGAAUCGAAGUAAAGGAUUAUUUUGUUAUCGACGUUUCAUUUUCAAAAUAAACGUUCACUUAUCAUAAAGAAAGCAUUUCUAUGCAGUUUUGUGAAUUAUUAAUAAUAAAAUAAAUCAGAUACUUAUAGUCGUCAGAAAAUUAUACAGGAAAGGGUUAAAAUAUAUUUUCUUAUCGGUGCAUAUCAGCAAAAGGCAGUUUAAUCUCUCUUUAAACGAGAAUUACGAAAGAAACUGUGGCGUUAUAUUAUUCAGUAUUGUUUAUCCGUUCGUGACCGUACAUUACGUGAGCGUAAUUUGCUACUAGGCUUGAAAGAUUGAUUAAACGAUUCCUGGCUGCCAAUCGUUUAUGAAAAACCUGUCGAAUAAUUUUCGCUGUAGGAUUAUUAUCUCUGGAUAUUUAGUAAAUUUAAUAAUUUAGUAAAGCAAAAUCACAUAUUUUAAUUUCUCCCAAAUUCAACUAUGUGGUUAUGUAUUAACAAUAAAAUAAAUAAUAACAUUUAUUACGUUGGGACAACUAAAAUAUCUAGUUGUCACUUUUAAAGAAAUUUAAGAACAACUUUCGUUUCAUACAAUUAAAUUGUAUUAAGUCAUAUAUUGCUUCUUUUAUUCAAUAACUUUUUGCAGUAUUUUAAUAUACCUAAUUAUUGAUUUAUUUAUUUAUAAUAAUUAUUUAUAUAUACAAAAACUGAACGAGAAGAUUUUUUAGCCAACUUAAUACAAGACACAUAAAAAUUAAAAGCGCAAUUGCUGUGACAAAUGCUAACCUUUCAGUUUCCGCUGUAUCAAAUAAAUUACUUCGACUUUAUCAAAUUUUUAUGGUUGCUGAUUUAGCAGUCAAUGCGUUAAACCAAUGGCGAAUCACCCAUUCGCGCGUGUAAACGUGCGGAAUCAUCGGGAAAAUGAAUUGAGCCGUCCAUUCGCUGAAGUUAUUAACUCCGCAAAAUGGAAAAUAGAAAUAUUUAAUGAAAUUACAUGUAUGAAGUACCAAUUACGUGUUUCACCAUUAUAAUUCGAAAAUAUUGAAAAAAUGAAGUUAACUCUUAAUUACUGUAGAAUGCCUGUGUUUUUUCUUGGACAGUUUUUGAUUUUACUUAAAUAAAUAAAUAAUAGAAAUAAAUAUUAACGACUUGUGAGAUUUUGUAUAAUUAUUGUAUAAAUUUGUACGUCUAUAAUGGUUAACAGCGUCGAAAAAUGAAUUACUUUUACUAGUGUCUUUUUAUCUAGAAUCGUAACGGUUAGCGUAACGAGUAGAAAGUUGAUGAGAUUUCCGACUUAAAUUUAUUUGUAUCGCACAAAGACGAUACGUUACAUUUAACGCUAGAUUUACAGAUAUUUACUGUGCAUUUUAUUGUACUAUUCCCGGGAAAAUAGGAAUUCACUGACAUAGAUUUUGGAAAUCAGAGCUUCAACAAGAGAAAAUUAGGAUACGUAUUUUUAUAAUUGCAUAAAUUAAAAUCGACAUAAACCUUCAACAAAUAAUGGUUACGAAAUAUAAUGUUUGUCAAAUUGACGAAUCGUAUAAAUUUAAUGUCAAUAAAAUCAAAUUACAAUUUGAAUCCAGUUUGAAUUUUAGAACUCAAUUUGACGGACAUUAAAUCUCAUAAACAUUAUUUCCCAAAACUUUAUGUCGACUUUAAUGAAUGCAGUUCUACUAAAUGUACAAUACAAACAAGUAUACCAAUUCUCUGUUUACGAAGCUUUGUUUUCUAAAAUCUAAACCAGCAUCCAUUUUUUUAGAAACAAUCAAACAAAGAGUACCACAGAUGUCCAUAAAUCUAGCGUUACGUUUACAGAACGCGUCAAUUGAAUUUUUGGACAAAUGAACAUCAAUUGUCCUACGAACAAUAAAACAAUCUGUACAAUAAGCGUCCGUAAAUCCAAUAUUAACCCUCUACCUUAUAACAACAUGUCAGACUCACAGCGAAUAUUUUAAACAGAAUAUAACAAGCU